UGGCACCCCAAAUCGCCUUAUGGUUGUUAAGACUUCAACGGGGUCUUCUGCGGGGAAUUAGUUUCGUCCAAAACCACUGAGAGAGAAGGAACAACAAACACACCGGGUCUCAUCGUGGAUAUUUUUAAUCAGGUGUGAAUAUACCUUUUUUUUCUUCUUCCCCACAUCAAUUUGAGGAUAUACUUCGUCCCCACGGUCCUGUGUUACAGGUGUUGUUGCCGUCCUGUGACGGGUUUAUCCUCUCAGCUGUCGGGUGUAAGGAGGAGAGGAAGCAAAGAUGCCGAAACCGAUCAACGUCCGUGUGACCACCAUGGAUGCAGAGCUGGAGUUUGCCAUCCAGCCUAAUACCACAGGAAAGCAGCUCUUUGACCAGGUGGUGAAGACGGUGGGACUGCGGGAGGUCUGGUUCUUUGGCCUGCAGUAUGUGGACAGCAAAGGUUACAGUACUUGGCUCAAGCUCAAUAAGAAGGUGACUCAGCAGGAUGUGAAGAAAGAGAAUCCUCUGCAGUUCAAGUUCAGGGCCAAGUUCUUCCCUGAGGAUGUUUCAGAGGAACUAAUCCAGGAGAUCACCCAGCGACUCUUCUUCCUGCAGGUGAAGGAGGCCAUCUUGAACGAUGAGAACUACUGUCCCCCAGAGACCGCCGUGCUACUGGCGUCAUACUCAGUCCAGGCCAAGUAUGGAGACUACAACAAAGAUGUCAACAAGCCAGGGUACCUUACCCAUGACAGGCUGCUGCCUCAGAGAGUCCUGGAGCAGCACAAGCUGACCAAGGAGCAGUGGGAGGACAGGAUACAGACUUGGCACGAAGAACACAGAGGAAUGCUCAGAGAGGACUCCAUGAUGGAAUAUCUUAAAAUUGCCCAGGACUUGGAGAUGUACGGAGUCAACUACUUUGAGAUCAAAAACAAGAAGGGCACACAGCUGUGGCUGGGCGUGGAUGCCCUUGGCCUCAACAUCUACGAACACGAAGACAAGUUGACACCAAAGAUUGGCUUCCCCUGGAGUGAGAUUCGAAACAUCUCUUUCAAUGACAAAAAGUUUGUCAUCAAACCUAUUGACAAGAAAGCCCCUGACUUUGUGUUUUAUGCUCCGCGACUGCGCAUCAACAAGCGUGUCUUGGCAUUGUGUAUGGGUAACCACGAGUUGUACAUGAGGAGGAGAAAGCCCGACACCAUCGAGGUGCAGCAGAUGAAAGCUCAGGCCCGCGAGGAGAAGCACCACAAACAGAUGGAGAGGGCUCAGCUGGAGAAUGAGAAGAAGAAGCGAGAGUAUGCAGAGAAGGAGAAGGAGAGGAUAGAGCGGGAGAAGGACGAGCUCAUGGAGAGACUCAGACAGAUCGAAGAGCAGACGAUGAGAGCUCAGAAAGAGCUGGAGGAACAGACUCGCCGGGCCCUGGAGCUGGAGCAGGAGAGAAGGAGAGCGAGGGAGGAGGCCGAGAGGCUGGAGAGAGAGAGGCAGACGGCUGAGGAGGCCAAGGCAGAGCUGGCCAGACAGGCUGAAGACCAGCAGAAGACCCAGGAACAACUGGCUGGUGAACUGGCUGAAUUCACAGCCAAGAUCGCUCUCCUGGAAGAAGCCAAGAGGAAGAAAGACGACGAGGCCACAGAAUGGCAGCACAAGGCCCUGUCAGCCCAGGAGGACCUGGAGAAGACCAAGGAGGAGCUGAAGACCGCGAUGACUGUGGUGCCAGCACCUCUGGUCGCCAAUGCUGAAAGCGAGCACGAUGAGCAGGACGAGAACCACGCGGAAGACUGCGCAGAGCUCUCCAACGAGGGCGUCAGCCAGCUGGACCUCCGCAGUGAGGAGGCGCGCGUCACUGAAGCCCAGAAGAACGAGAGGGUGAAGAAACAGCUGCAGCAGUUUUGCUGCAAAGAAGAAACACCAGCCAAGAAAUGGCAAAUAAGGACAUUAAGCUCAGAGUUGGCCGAGGCCAGAGAUGAAACCAAGAAGACACAGAACGAUGUGCUCCACGCGGAGAACGUCAAAGCGGGCCGAGACAAAUACAAAACGCUGCGCCAGAUCCGACUGGGCAACACGAAGCAGCGCAUCGAUGAAUUUGAGUCCAUGUGAGAUCAGCACCCCCGUCCCCUCGCCCCUCUUUCCCUCGGGGGGGUACCUGCUCCCGAACUGUCCCCUAAGCGGCUGCUCUAUUUCUAUGGACAACAGUUGCUGCCGUCCUCAUAGUCCCACCAAGUCCCUCCCAAACACCCCGUGGCAAUCUUGAGAAAUCAUCUUGUCAAACUUUGCCAAAGUCCUGCCCCACAUCUCCACUCUGAAAAUGACGGAUAUCUCCUUCAUACAGAGCUGCCUAGACGCCACUCUGAACAAGCAAAUAUCAUUGUACUGCAGAGAUCCUCUGUUAUCCUUAAGCACAGGGGAAAAGAGAAACUGUUAAACCAAAAUGGAAGCAAUUGGAUUUUUUAUUUCUAGCAAACACGGCCAUAGAAAAAGCUACUUUUGUUGUUGUUGGUUUUUUUUGCUUUGCUUGACAACUUGUAUGCAAAGGUUUAGAAAUAUUCAGUAUGUUCAGUUAAAGAUUAUGUGCCCUUUCCUUGUUUUUAAGUUGUUUUCCUCUGCUUUAGUUUGACUCGUUUUUAUGGAUCAUGUUCUUUUUAGUUGUCCGUGGAACACAUUAAGCUACAGGCGAUCUAUAAAACCUGGAGGUUGGCAUUUAAUUAGGUCACUACUUUCAUUCAGCGUCCACGUCUUAUAUCAUGUCAAAACAUAUCACAAGCUAGUGAUGCUAAGUCUCUUAGCCUCUGUGAGUCAUCAGUGAACUCAGCUGAGGUCUUUUCACUCUAAUCAAUCAAUACAAACUGUCAUUUGAAUGUUACAUUUAUAAGUUUAUGUUUAAAAAAAAAUGACACUGCAGUAUUUUUAAAGUUUCAUUUCAGGCGGGAUAUCAAGAACGGCAGUAAGUGAAUUGGCCCUAGUCGGGGGGGGAAAGAGCCACCCAACUUGUCACAUGGCAGGUUACGAUGAACGAAUGUAGCAAAGGUAACAAAGGGAAAGUGUUUUUUUUAACAUGCAGAGGUGAUGAGACAGCGUGUACCACCGAGCUAUCACCCUUGAGCUUAAAAGUGCUUUAAAGAUAAAGCUAAACGGCAGUCGUGUAGCCUUGAGUGUGUUUUUUUUUUUUUUUUUGUCCAGUUGCGUCCUCGUGUUUCAUUCCCAGUCACCAUAGAUGGUUUUCUCUGCCUACCAGCUCACAAAGGAAGCCAGCGUAUAACAUGGACAGACAGAGGAACAGAGAGAUGAGUGCUAUGUCACAGCUGUUAGUCUGUCUGUCCCAACUGUUUUAAGUGUAUCUGCGUGUGAAUGAGUGUGUGCGUGUGUGUGUGUGUGUGUGUGUGUGUGUGUGGGUGGGGAAAGUAUAUACGAAUGUGUACAGAUGUGUAAGUUGAGACCUGGCACCUCUCUGGCUGGGGAGCUUAUGAAAACAUCAGUCCUUGACCCAGGACAACUCUCUACCUCAGUAAUGUUAGCAGUGGUGACUGGCAGUCAAACACUCAGGGCGCUCCAUCCCUUACCAAAUAACAAAAAAAAAAAAAAAAAAAGGAAGGUCAUGAUUUUACAUGGUUGCUGUUACAUCCUUGAGUGGUGCUCCUGGGCCGUAUUCGUUCGUUGGGUUAGGGAUUUCAAUGUAAUGUAAAUUACACCUCCUAGGAGAGAUCUAGGUUGGAAAAAGUGUUGUUUCUUAUGCUAGUUUUACACAAUGGUCUCUCAUUGCUCCUGGCCUUGCUCAGAUGUUUUGGUUAAUUAUCGUUUUGUCCGGAAAGAUAUCCCAAACAAUGAGGAAGGUGAAAUGAAUAAUGCUGCGGAUAUCAGGAUCGACAUGCAGUGUGGUAAAGAGGAUUUUUUUUUUUUUUAAGAAUAAGCUAGGUGAUUUCGUCAUUACCCGAGAGGGUCUUGUGAAGCAUUUGGUUCUAAGGUGUUGGUGGUGACAGCCUGGGUCUACAGAGCUGCCUGGACCCAAGACCUCAUCUAAAAAGAAGGCUCUCCUGUAUAAUAAUGAAUUGCCUUCAGACAGUUUGCAGAUCUUCAAAUGGAUUCAUGGGACUGAGAGACUUGUGAAUACGUGAAGAGAUGCAUUAUGAGUGGUUCUAAAGUGAAGGGGCCUUGCUAUGUGAUUUCUGUAAAUCCCUCCUGAGUCAAUUGGAGGGUCGGCCAAUUUCUUCCCCUAAAAUCAUAUUAUGAAUUAUCAUUAUUUGUGCUGAGAAAUCAAACUGACUCCAUCUUUUUGUGGGUGGAAAAUAUGCUCCAGGGUGCUUUUUUUUUUUGUUGUUGAAAUGAGCAAACAUUAAGUUUUCCUCCUCCUCCUUUUUUUUUUUUUUUUUUUUUUU